ACAGUUGCCAGCUUGCUGAGGCCAGCUAGCUGCCUUGUCGAUGAUCAGAUGCAAGGUGAUCGUCGUGCUAUUAGCAACACAGUGAUAACCUUUUACGACCUAAACAUCAGAAACACUGUAUUCAAGCGACAUACUCUAUAAUGGCAGGCGACAUGUCUUUCCUUUGGCUUCGACCAGCCAUCGAAAUGGAGAUUUUCUGCGACUGUGCCAACAGGAAAGGUUACUUUGUUACUGUGUACGGGCUGAGUCUGUGCAGCACAUCGCCAGUGGACGACGAUAUGAUGAAAAAUGCUCUCACGCAUCUCUUCAGGAAGGUUCCCUCGCUGCGGACGUGUUUCCGAAAACGAGAAAAUACUCUGUGGGCUUGUGAAAUGAUACACGAGCAGCUUGACUUUCAGGUGACAGAAACGAAGGACCUGGUGACAGCCACAGAGGAGCUGUUCAAUUACAAGUUCCCCACUACUGAAGGGCCCCUAUGGUGUGCCCGUCUGCUGCCCUCUACUUCCCCCUUCCCUUCUUCCCAACCAGAUUUGAUUCCUUCCAGUGACUUUCCCCACACCCGCACUCUACUGCUUGCCAAUCACCACGGUAUUGCUGAUGGUACCACUAACAUCUUCAUCGCACAGUCACUCCUGCAAAUCCUGGACGACAUGAUUACUGGAAAACCUGUUGAUGAUAAAGUCCAAAUGGGAAACGUGGCUAGUGGAGAGGAAACUAAGGUCAUACUGACAGCUAUGGUAAAGCGACUGAGGGAAGACAAGGAUCGUCUUCAAAGCAUAAUUGAAGAUAUCAAUAAAUCUCGUAAGGCAGAGAAACUUAUUCCACAAACCUUUCCAAUGCCCAUGGAUUCCAACUAUAGGGUUGAGAUGGUCCUUCAAGAUCUUGACAAGGAAACAACACAGAAAUUCUUCAAGCGGUGCAAGCAAGAAGGAGUUACAGUAAACAGCGCAAUGACUGCGGUAAUAAAUGUAAGUCUAGUUGACUUUGUGCGAGAAGGAGGACUCGAGCAAGACACAUACACCAUCCACGAAUUGCACGGGAUUAAUAUGAGACGCUAUUGGUCUGGAAAUACAAAUGGAACCCUAGGAUGUCACAUGCUUUUGCCACGUGUCUUGUUUUCCACACCAGCAAAGUGGCGGGAAGGUUUUUGGGAGUACACCAGAACCAUUCACGACACUAUUGUUCGUGGGCUUGAGGAAAAAGAUGCAUUUCUGUCUCUGCUGGAGAUGGUGGAAGGAGCCUCACCAGAGACAAUCUUUGAAAAGCGACCAUACUCAGAGUGUGACUACGCUAUUGGCAAUAUAGGAAAUGUGGACAACCGCAUCACAACAAAGAUGCAAAAUGUCCAACUCUGUCACCUGGUGAGGUCUGUUUCUUGCUGGAACGACCCAAUGUAUUCCUUCUUUCACACACUGAAUGGCUGUUUUGCUUACAGUCUUGUGUACUGCAAUGACGUGCUCACAAGGGAAAUGGCAAGUAGAUUCUUGGAUAUAACCUUUGACAACAUAAGAGCUGUAACUCAACAGUAAAGCAACGUCACUCACAGGAGAUCAGUCUCCAACUACAGUUUCAAUGUAAUUUAAUGAUACAUUAGUAAUGUAAUCUUUCCUUAAUACGCUGUCCUCAUGAACUGUUCGAAAUUCGUUGUGAAGUGUAUGAAUGCUUCAUACAUUUUGCAAAAUGUAAUGAAGCUUAUGCACUAGAAAAUGAAAAAUUAAUAUUAUUACUGAAGCUAAUUUUACAUUACUAAAUAUGACUAAUAACAACCAUCCCUACUUUGCCUUACUGCUGUUCCCUUUGAGCAGCUGUGACUGACAUAGACGAGGCUUGCUGAGCACGCCUUCGGGAUACACGCUGGUUGCAGCCCACGGGGAAAUCCUGUGUGACGGGAUGCUCCUGUUAUGAUGAUUCACGCUAUAUAAAAAUUAUACUGUGACUUUGAGAAAGGUCAUAAAGCUUGGGGUUGAGGAAAGAGAUACAUGCAUGUGACUUUGUGACUUACAAAUUACAAUGUUGAUGUGGACUCCAACAGCUCAGCCUACAAGAACGCUUUAUACAAUUCGUCUCGUCCAGGUCAGCUUCACUGAGUACAGAGGCUGUGGGGACAAGUCGUGAUUGCCCGUGACCAGUCCACUUGGCCAUAGUAAAACGUGCAAUUGGUAAUUGCUUUGAUCGUUUACUAAAUUACCUAGAUAACUAACUUCAAUAUAUCUUCUGAAAUUCAUGAAUAACAACCCACGAAGAACAGGCUAAUAAACGUUUUGAGUCAUACAAACGAAACAGGAUAACAUUCUAGAAAUAUGAAAUCUAUAAAAACGAAAAUAUAUAAUAAUAUAAUGUGUAAUAUAUAAUAUUAUUAUAAUGUGUAAUAUAUAAUAUAAUAUAUAAUGUGUAAUUAUUUCAGUCUUUGAUACAUUUUGAUAAAGUUUUUAUGAGGACUUCAUAAGCCUAUGUUAAAGUACGAUGAAGUAUUUUCUGAUUCAAAUUAAAUCACAUACUCCUCCAUAAUGUGAUAUCUAACAUGCCACUAAAUGUUGAUAGUUAUUAUUGUUAUUUUUAUUUUUUAUUUAUUUUUUUUCCUUUAUUUUUCUAUUUUGAUGGCUACCAAAAGCUGUCCCUUAGAGUUCUUGUGAGCACCAAUUCACGUCAGCUUUGACUCGUUUCCGCCAGUUUUCCUCAGCAUCGCCCCCCCCUCCCUCCUGACUCUGUACAGGCCUCAAGGGCCUUAUGCGGCCAUGUAUUGUCAAUUAAUAUUGCCAUGUGCCAUGAAAAUGAUUAUUAACCCCGUGACUAUAUAGAUGAUUUGUUGCCCAUUGAAAGUGGUGAUAUCUGAAAGUUUAAGAGGCUCGUGUAACCUAACACUGCACCCUCACUCAACACUUAAAAGACAGGUACAACUUUCAGGAAAUUUCAGACCUAUUCUGCGAUAUGUACAAUGAUGCUGAAAGACGUUCUGUAAUAUAUAAGAUAUUGGAAUUGUAUAAAACCUAGACUAAGGAUUUAGUUUGAUCACUGUUGUAACAACAAUAAGUACUGUAAGUUGUUUAAUCACAUUUGUUGAGUGUCGGUUCAUGUUGCUUGAGAAAUAUUAUAAAUGUUUUAAUUUCUUGUGUUCUGCUAUGCAAUUAUUGUUUAUUUAUGUUGGACCUAUUCUCUUAUGUAAGUUACGUAUAUUCAAUUGUAGUUGUUGUGGUCAACAAAAUAAUCUAAUAUAAAUCUAUGGCGUACACUUUACAUAUUGGGGUGCUCCACUCACACCGCUCUUCUAGACAGGGUGGAAUCAAAAGAAUAAAAUAAAUAAAUAAAUAAAUAAAAAUCUAAGGAGCAGGUACACAAAACGAAAGUUGUUGUUGGCAUGCUAUGCAGGUAACAGACAUUAAAUCAGUCUUGUAGAAAAACUGCUGAUAAGACCAAAGGUCAAACAGAUGAUAUGGCGUAAUACUGUUAAGGUAACCUAAUACCAAUGACGCUACUUCGCUUCUAAUAAGUGUUCAAUGUGCAUGUCUCACAUUUGUUUAGUAAAAAUGAGACCACCGGUAUUUUAAAGACACGCUUAGACAAUGCUGUGCACCUGCAUCCUGUGAGUCUAUCACAUUUACAAUAUCUUGGGCGAAAGCAAUAUGUCACAAGAGUACAAGCUACAAUCUAUUGUUAUGAAUUAAACUCUAAAGACAAUAACCUUUCCAAGCUUCAAGCCCUCACCACAUCCUGCAUCUUGCUGUUUCAUUCAGCAACCCUCUGAAAACUUUGCUUUUAACCCAAAGGAUUCAUUCACCCAUGUAUUCUAUAUUCCGGCGCACCCGUAACAUAGAGGAACUGCACCAAACUGUAGUCCUGAAUGUUGUUGUAUCUGUAAUUGAUAAAUAAGCCUUCGCAGUGGAUACGUCUCAAUUCACGUAAAAAGAUUAUCACUGUUUAUUUUAUACUAGGAAGCUUGACAUUAUAAUCAGCACGGUGAGUACGGUAAGUUUUACUGAGAAAUCUACUAUGAAUUUUACUAGCAUUGUUACUGAGGUACAAUUUUUAGUGACCUAUUUAGUUUGCAACUCUCUGAUUUUUUAUUCAAUUAUAUUCUGAUAUAUUACUUUACCGUCCUUAUUCUUUUGUGUGUGACAUGACUAUGAUUAAAUUUAUCUUUUCGUGUCUUUUGAUGUGAUUCAUUAUUUAGAAAGCUAAAAAAAUUUCGAUGCAGUAACACACUGACGCAAUGUGUUGUAGCUCUAGUAUUGUUCGUACGUAUUAGAAAAUUAAUUAAAGAACACAAUGUCGCAAACUAAAUUUUCAUCCAAUGAGGCCAACUCCCUUCCCAGACGAUACUAUAAAAUUAGUAAGUACACCAAUUUCUUAAAACGGGAACAGAACUUUUUUUUCAAUCGGUCAACGGCCCUGCUUUUUCUUUUCUUUUAUGUAUGACGGGCAUUGACAAGAACAACAAAAGAGCGAAAAAAAAAAAGCCCACUGAGGUGCCAGUCCUAAAAAGAAAGGUCAAAAGAUGCAUCUAAAAUUAGAGGACAAGUAUCUUGAAACCUCCCUCUUGAAAGAGUUCAAGUCACAGGAGGGAAGAAGCAGACAGGAGGCUCCAGUGUUUACCAGAAAGAGAGAUAAAUGAUCGAUAAUACUGGUUAAUUCUUUCAUUAGAGAGGUGGACAGAAUAGGGAUGAAAGAAAGUGGAAAGUCUUGUGCAGCGACACCGCGGGAGAAGGGGAGACAUGCAGUUAGUAAGAUUUGAAGAGCAGCUAACGUGAGAGCAGAGGUAGAGAAUAGAAGAUGCAUCAUUGCGGCUAUGAGAGAGGCUGACAGUCAGUUAAAAGAGGGGAGUUUACACCUUGAUUCCACCUUGUCUAGAAGAGCAAUGUGAGUGGAAUCCCGCCAUACAUGUAAAGUAUACUCCAAACAUGGGCGGUCCCUGUACAGAGUUAACUGCUAAGGGGAUGGGAAAAAUUGGUGGAGACGACUCACGCUUAACCUCAUGAAAGUUGUUUUAAUUAGCGAUGGGAUGUGAGUUUCCAGUUUGGAUUAUUAGUGAAGGGCAGACAUAGGAUGUUCAAUGUAGAAGAAGGGGACAGUUGAGUGUCAUUGAAGAAGAAGGAAUAGUAAUCAGAAGUGUUGUGUCGAAUCUUGGAACUACCCACAUUCCAUAAAUAGUUUCCUUAUCAUAUGCAAACAUGUUGAUAAUAUUAAUUGUUCUGCAUUACAGCAAUGACUAAAACAUGAAAUAUAUACAAAUAUAAAAAUAAAAUCAUACAUGA